AGGCAGCGUCUGUCGGGAGAGAAAAAGUGACUGCGAUAUCUAUCGAUUUUCUCGCUUGCUCCUAGUCAUUGUCUGUGUGUUUCAUCGUACACACAAGAUAUAUAGCUAGCGAAUCCGUAGGCAACACUCGUAAUGAAGAUUUGGACUUCGGAACACGUAUUCGAACAUGAUUGGGAGACAGUCGUGAACGCUGCAUGGAGAAAAUAUCCAAACCCCAUGAACCAGGGUGUCACAGGCAUGGAUGUCUUGAGGCAAACGUUGCAAGCUGGAAAGAUUUUGUCAGAAAGACUUAUACAGUCACGUUUUCAAAUUCCAUCAUGGGCCACAAAGUUGACAGGAUUUUCCGGAACACAAUACUCACACGAAUAUACAGUUAUCGAUCCUCAAGAACGAACGAUGUCACUAACUACGAGAAAUCUUAAUUGCUCUUCAUUUCUUCGUGUAGACGAGAAACUCACUUACACUCCUCUUCCUGAAGAUCCUUCAAAAACAAUUCUCAAACAAGAAGCUAUCGUCACUAUAACUCUGCCAGCAUUCGUAGAUUACUGCGAAAAAGCCUUCAUAGGGGUUUAUUCUACAAAUGCUACGAAGGGAAGAAAAGGCGUUGAAUGGGUCAUAGAUCAAUUGAAAAAUGAGUACUCAGACAUCUCAUCCAAAGUAUCUUGCGAAGUACAAGGAAUGCAGGAGAAAGUUAUGAACGCUUUCAAGAAUGUGAACCAACCGACGUCGCCCAUCUCACCUUGAAUAGGUGUGGUUAGAUUAGACGUACUACUAGGGACAGGAGUAGCAAUUUUCACAUUAUUGUCUUCUCUUCUAGUUCAUAUCAUUCUCUCAGAUAUGGAUUACCUCCUUGUUCUCAUCACAGGUUCUGUGACGUACUCCUGGUAGCAGUGUUUUGUUUUAAUUGAGCCCACGGGUGUAAGUAACUGGAGUUUAUGGCUCAGUGGACUGAGGCAAAUCUGAUCCAAA